AUACCCAAACUGUUGAUGCAAUGGGGAUCUAAAAAAUGUCCUGGACAUAAGAUCAUGACGAGAACUGGAAAGGUUUCCGCUACAUAAGGUUCCUUGUGAGGACCUUUUCUCUCCUCCUCUCCUAUGAUUUGGUAUUUCCUUAAUUCCUGAUUACUUGUCGAGAUGAAGUCCUGAUUUGGCCCUGCACUUUAUUGCUGUGAUAUAUAUUAGGUUUCCAAAGUGAAAAUUAUAAUUCUCAGUUAAAAACUUUCCUUGAACGAUUUCACAGCUCUAUAUCCAGAACUGAAGUUUUUAUUUUUUUAUGAAUUAAAUCUGAUUUUUGCCACAGAUAUUCAAUAAAUGUGGAUUAAGUAAGGGAACAAUGCAGACGUCAGAUCCCUCGUACAAUUCUCUCCUGUACACGUUGUCCCGGAAGUUCACACAUUACGACAGUCAAACCAUUGUCAGGGCGUAUGCGUGUGACGAAGAUUGUACUAAUAAUUGUGAAAACGGCGGAUUCAUACGUAAGACAGUUAACAACGACCAAUGUCAUUGUCGAUGUCCGGAGUAUCUCACUGGUCCUACCUGUGCAGAUCGUACAAGUACAUGUGGUGAUAUCAUAGAACUGCAAGAAGGGGAGACAAAACUAGUCGAUACGGGCGGCUUCCCUAAUUCAUAUCCUGUGGGCGAAGCAUGCACUUAUCUCAUCAAGGCCCCCGCCAACAACAGAAUCCGUAUAACGCUGAAAGGUUUAGAUGUCCCGUGUGGUCAUGACCUCGAAUUCAGAACCCAUCUCAUGGGAGAAUUCGGCCUUAUGGAGUGCGGCUCGUUAUCGUCUGAAAAGGAGUUCGUAACAUUCCCCAACGGUGAGGCUAAUAUUGCAAUGGUAAUUCUACAUGCCGAUGACACAAGCAUAACCCCUGGAACCGGCGCAAGCCUGGAACUGACGGCAUUUGCAUCAGGAUGUAUAGAUAAUCCGUGCCGUAAUGGAGGAACUUGUGAUGAAGAUAGUUCCACCCCUGCUUUCUGUAUCUGUCCCCCGGGUUACAGUGGAGAUACGUGUAACUUCGUUACUGCUACUGCUACUGUUGGCUGUGACGUUCAGUUUGAUGUCGAAGGGGUCUGCUGUUUUACGGACGUGUCGGCUGGCACUGUCGAAUAUUUUCAGAUUCGAAAUACAGACGCCGUUCAGUAUCCCUAUCUUCUGGCCAGCUCAGUAGGAAUAUACACCAUAGCAGACGAGGCACUACUGGAAUCUAAUGUGGAGUUCGAAGAUGCAGUACGCUGUCUUAGCUUUGAUGAGGCUGCCAUUCACGACCAAAACUCGAAUGUUAGAGUGAAAACAACAUACACUGAAAAGGACGGGACUGUCAAGUUGGUGUCGGAAACGGAAGAUACUGAUGGGUUUUUCGUUUCUAGGCAAGCUACAUUAUCUCGGCAUGUGGAAAAGAUAAGUUUUUCAGCUACUAUUUACCUCGGAGCAGCUGCCGUAUCCAAUAUACUGAUCAGCCCGGGGCCAUGCAGUAAUGCUACCUGUGCACCUCUAUCAUUCCCUUUAUGUCACAAUGGUGGAAUAUGUGAUGAAUCGAGUGGGACACUAUUGUGUAACUGCAUCGGUGGCUUCACCGGGACCUACUGUGAAACACCACUCAAGUGCACUUUCGAAAAUGGAGCUACAUGCGCCUUCGUCAAUCCCACCUCAGCAACUGAUCGAUGGACAGUUCAAACGGGUCCUACACAACAAAAUGGGACUGGACCAUUGAGAGCUUAUGAAGGUGAAGGAUACUUCCGUACAGAUGGACGACGGAAUAAAAACACAACGUCUACGCUCCAAUUAGAAACGGAUUUAAGUGCGAUGACACAGUGUCUUGUCCUAAAUUAUAUGAUGAACGGAAAAGAUGUACAAUCGCUUGCUGUGAUGAACGACAAUGCGGUCUUGUUUAAAAAAAACGGGAAUAAAAAAGAUAGAUGGUUUACAAAAACAAUAGAUGUUGCAACCACGCCAGAGACAGAGCUGACGAUUGUCGGGAAAGCUACAAAUAAAAAGGGUGAUAUUGCCUUAGACGACAUUGAACUACUUCCAUUCGCGUGUGAUAAAAUAUUGAUCUGCACGUUUGAAAUCAAUUAUCUCCCUUGCGUCAGUACUGGGGGAAAUAGAUGGAGAAGAAAAAAGGAUGCAUCCAGUGGUGAGAUGACAGGACCACAACAAGCUCACGAUGGAUACUACUUCGUAUACCUGCGCUCUGAUAGGAAAAAUAGCGCAGUCUUGACAUUAACUCACUCCUUCUCGGGUGCUGCGUGUCUGUCCUUUUACUACCACAUGUACGGAACCAGCAUAGGAACGCUAACUGUGUACAAACAGGACAUACAACUACCAGGAGGCGACCCAGAAACCAUACUCACGCUCCAGGGAAAUCAGGGCAACAAUUGGAAGUCUAUUGCCGCCAACAUCCCAGUUAUCGAUAAUCAGCAAGUUCGCAUUGAGGCAACUACAGAAAACACAGAUGGACUUGGGGAUAUUGCAAUUGAUACAGUUGUCCUUAAGAAUUUUGCCUGUCCUUGAUACUGACGACGAUAAUAUAUAGUAUAUAUACAACAACCAAGAGUUUAUUAGAAUUAUACACGGAUCAAUAUUCAUUCAACAAAGAACUUUAUUAAGUGUAUCUGUUCAUCAAACCAACAUUUGUCUGGUGCUUCUUUUCACGUCUUCAUAUUGAGAUAUUUUAGUAGAUAAAUAGAACAAGUUCAUUUUGACCGGUUUAGACCGCAUACACCUGAGUAUGAAAUUAGUCUUUUCAUGUUUUAUUUGUAUCGUAGAUAAUUGAUUAUACAGUAAAAAAACACAUUACUAAAUGCAUAUUUUAAACAUUAUGUUCAAUGUCAUGUUCCAAUGUGCCAUAGGAAUCGUUCACUGAAGUAAUCGCUCUUAUUUAGACAUAUACGUGUUUGUUCUCCCAUACAAAUGAGAUUGUAGAAAGUUCAAAUCGGAUGGUUUACUCUCUCGUCUCUACGAAUGCAAGAUAAACAUGUCCUCUUGUGGAAUUCGUGUUUCUCUUACCUUGGACAGGUGUAUCCACACUGUUCCCUGUGUGAGAUAUUCUUGUUCCACCCUAGGGUUGCGACGGGAGAAUUUCUUUGUCAAAACAAUUGUAUGACGUCACGUCAACAAUACAAUGACGUCACGUAAACAAUGCAUUUACGUCACGCCAACAUUGCAUCAUGCUAUAAACGUGCAAGAUGCAUUUUGCAUAUGAUAUCAAAUGGUAAGUAAAUACAUUAUCACUCACCCCAUUGGGGGUAACAAAGGAUAACCUCAACCUGAGAGGGAGGUUCUUGAAUUUCAUAACGCGAGGCUUGUCAUUGUUUUUUUGCAAAAUUGAAAUAAUCUAUUAAUCCUAUUCAAUUGCACUCGGUAACUUAUAUUAUGAAGUCCCAAUCAGAGGACUGCGUUAUAUUAAGACGUCACAAUCGAAAACCCGUCAAAACGUCAUUUAAUGUGACCACUCUGCGAUCGACAAGUGACACCAUCUCAGGAACAUAAGUAUUGCCCUAAAGUGAAUGCAUGGAUCUCUAAAUUUGGGUUUACCUUUGGUUUACCAUCUGUGUUUGUGUAUACGGUACCUAGAUAAUUUGCUAUAUUUAGUGCUGCCAUUGUAGUAUUAAUGUCGCGUUUAACCAAUUUUCGGUUAAAAGGUGAAAACAACAAGUUACUCAUGAUUUAGGUACAUAAAAUGUAUUUUGACACUGUAAAUUCUUCUGUCGGGGCAGAAUUUGGUUACAGAACCUUCCCAAAGCCUCCUCAGCCCUGACCCUAAUUUGAAACCCUUGAGUAGAAUGUCUAUACCCCAUGUGACCUAUAUACUGUAGACUAUUAGUUAGUUUUUUGUUGUUAUUUUAGAUUUGUUACUUAUAUCAAUAAGCUGACACUGCAUCAGUUAUAAAUUACUGCUAUGUUUUGGUAAUUGACGAGACACUUUGUACAGGUGAAUUAAUAUAACGGAAACUGAAUCAACAAGAACCAGAGUUAAACAAUUUCGUAUCGUUUACUAAAAAUAACGGAAACUGAAUCAACAAGAACCAGAGUUAAAUAACCUCGUAUCGUUUACUAAAUAUAACGGAAACUGAAUCAACAAGUACCAGAGUUAAACAACCUCGUGUCGUUUACUAAAUAUAACGGAAACUGAAUCAACAAGAACUAGAGGUUAACAACCUCGUAUCGUUUACUAAAUAUAACGGAAACUAAAACAACAAGAACCAGAGUUAAACAACCUCGUGUCGUUGACUAAAUAUAACGGAAACUGAAACAACAAGAACCAGAGUUAAACAACCUCGUGUCGUUUACUAAAUAUAACGGAAACUGAAUCAACAAGUACCAGAGUUAAACAACCUCGUAUCGUUUACUAAAUAUAACGGAAACUAAAUCAACAAGAACCAGAGUUAAACAACCUCGUGUCGUUGACUAAAUAUAACGGAAACUGAAACAACAAGAACCAGAGUUAAACA